AUGUCUCUCUUAGCUCUGGGUCGCAAUGGGCGAUCCCAGGCGGGAGCAGAGGCCAGUGGCCUCGAUUCUCUGAUGGGCUGGGCCUACACUACGAUCGAGUUCACGUUAUUCCUCUGGUCGAUCGCCGUGGGCCUCGCUUAUGACGGUCUUGCAGCCCUUCUCACUAGCCGGGUCUACCGUGCCGGGGCUGGGGCAGUCCUCCUCUACCUGCUGGGUACCACCCUGAUUGAGCUGGUGACAAGCGGUGACGGGGGACCUGAGCUCCUCUUCUUCCUCAGGAUGGCCGUCUUCGUCUACUGUGUCGGCUAUCAGGUUCGCGCACUCUGUGACUACACCCCUGUCCGCGUCCUCCUCCUCCUCAGUGGAGGGUACCCCUUGUUCCGCCACGGGGCGGCGGCGAUUGCCGAGCCGUUCCGCGACUACGCGGCGAUGGGCCCUUAUGCAGGUGUGCUCCUCACCUUCUCCGCCAUCUACCUCGCCACGCGCUCCAUGGGGCGGCACGUUGGCUACUUCAUGGACACGUACAUCAAGACGUACGUGCUUGAGACCCGGAUCGAUUCCCUGCUCCGCCGAUCACCGAGGCACAUCUCUUCCGCCUUCGUGCUCGCGCUCUUCGUCGGCUUCGCUUUCCAGUUUGGGUUUUGCCUCAGCUUUGGGAGUGCGAAUUCCGCAAUGUGUGCCAUGUAUUGCGUCCUCGCGAUUUUGGGCCACGGUGACUAG